UCUGCAUGGUAUUCCGAUGACUGCUACAACGAUCAUUACUACAUCUGCCAAACAAAACCAUGUGACUCGUCCAAGUACUGUGCCGCUGGACUUGGCAAUGACGAUUCUGAUAGCUGAAAGAACAAGGAAUGAACGAAUUUAG